UCUGGUGAUAUCGUCUGCAGCAAGAAGGAACAACCAUGAGUGUGGUGGGGAAGAACAUCGCGGGCACGAGAAGCGCAGACUUCUUUCAGUGGGCAGACAAAGACAUCGAUGACAAGCUGUUUAAUGGCCCCUUCCAGGCCGAGCAGCGCAUUCAGCGUGAGAUCCGACUCAACUCGCGCAACCUCAAAUCUAUCUACGAGGUGCCGGACGACAUGGACGUGUUCAUUUGGCAGUACGAGCACCUGCGCCAAGUGGUGAAGGAACUGAACAUCCUCGUGGCAUUGCUGGACGGGGCGUGCACGAAGCAGUCGUGUACGAUCAUGAAGGCCACGGACGACUGGGUAUUCCUCUGUGCGGCCCACAAGCAACCGAAGGAGUGCUGUGCGUUCGACUACAUCAUGCACACGUUGGACAACGCGAACCAGCUAUUGACAUCAUCGCGGAUAUUCCCGUCUCGCGUGAGCAUCAACCGCGACGCGACGCAGUACUUUCAGAGCGUGGCGCGGCGCUUGUACCGCGUCUUCUCGCACACGUUCUUCCAUCACCCGGACGUGUUUCAGCAUUUCGAAGCCUCCACAUUCCUUUGCCAUCGGUUCGUGUACUUUUCCAUCCAGUUCAACUUGAUCCCGAAGAAUUUGCUGAUCAUUCCAGACAUGGGAUACUAAAAUGAAUAUACCCGUCAACUCUUUCGAUAUA